AUGGGAAAAGAGAAAUUCCAUCCCCUUAGGUGGGACAAGAAGGUCAUCGCAACGAAGGUUUUGGGAACAGUAAAAUGGUUCAACGUAAGAAACGGCUACGGCUUCAUCAACAGGAAUGACACCAAGGAAGAUGUGUUUGUACACCAGACUGCCAUAAAGAAGAAUAAUCCCAGGAAGUACCUUCGCAGUGUAGGUGAUGGAGAGACUGUGGAGUUUGAUGUGGUGGAAGGUGAAAAGGGUGCAGAGGCAGCUAAUGUUACAGGUCCUGGUGGAGUUCCAGUACAAGGCAGUAAAUAUGCAGCAGACCGUAACCAUUACCGACGGUAUCCAGUCGUAGGGGUCCUCCACGCAACUACCAGCAAAAUUAAGAACAGUGAGAGUGGGGAAAAGAACGAGGGAUCAGACAGCAUGCCAGAAGGGCAAGGCCAACAGCGCCGUCCCUACCGCAGGCGGCGGUACCCACCUUACUAUAUGCGUAGACCCUAUGGGCGUCGACCACAAUAUUCCAACCCUCCUAUACAGGGAGAGAUGGUAGAGGGUGCUGACAACCAGGGUGCAGGAGAACAAGGCAGACCAGGCCGACAGAAUAUGUAUCGGGGGUACAGACCACGAUUUCGCAGGGGUCCUCCUCGUCAAAGACAGCCUAGGGAGGAAGGAAACGAAGAAGAUAAAGAGAACCAAGGGGACGAGACCCAAGGUCAGCAGCCACCUCAACGUCGGUACCGUCGUAACUUCAACUACCGACGCAGACGCCCAGAGAACCCUAAACCACAAGAUGGCAAAGAGACGAAGGCAGCCGAUCCACCAGCUGAGAACACGUCCGCUCCCGAGGCUGAGCAGGCGGGGCUGAGUAAAUGCCGGCUUACCAUCUCUACCAUCAUCCGGUUUAGUCAUCAAAGAAAAGAAUGAAAUAAAGAGAAGAAUAUGAAAUUCCAGCAAUAAGAAAUGAACAAAAGAAUUGGAACUGAAGACCUUAAGUGCUUGCUUUUUGCUGUUGACCAGAUUACUUGACUAUCUGCAUUAUCUAUGCAGCAUGGGAUUUUUAUUAUUUUUACCUAAAGAGUCUCCUUUUGGGAAUGACAAACACGUUUUUUAAAGGCCUGUUUUUUCUCAAUACACCUUUAAAGGUUUUUAAAUUGUUUCAUAUCUGGUCAAGUUGAGAUUUUUAAGAACCUCAUUUUUAAUUUGUAUGAAAUGUACACCUGAUUUUUUCAAGUCAAACUGCAAGCAUCUGUUAAUAAAGGUCUUAAAGAAUUGC